CUUCUCUAGCUGGGGUCCACGUGCGCGCGUCGGUGGAGGGCUUUGGCAGGCUCCAGCUUAUUGUUGCUUAAUCCAAAGUGCGCUGUGAAGGAACGGAUCUCUCGGGAAGAAGCCACUCCUCACCUGCAGCGACGAUGAGCGAACGACUGGAGCAACGCACAGCAGGACAGCCUGAAGGUGAGGUGUCCUCCAAACAAAAGGUCAUCACUGUGGACGGCUUGACCCUGAAUGGCCCUCUACAUGACAAUAAGGCUGGAGAGCUCUUCGUGGACGAGGCCUUCCAGAUCAUUAUGGACGAGGUCGUCAAGAAAGGAUGCAACAUAAAGGAGAAGGUCUGUGAAUGGAAGGAUCCAGAGAUGCUAAGGGAUCUGUUGGACUUGGAACUCGGAGACAGCAGUGAGCCCCAUGAGAAGCUACUGCAGCUGUGCCGCGACGUGGCCAGGUUCAGUGUGAAAACCAAUCACCCCCGGUUUUUCAAUCAACUCUUUGCAGGACUGGACCACCAUGCACUUGUUGGACGGUUCUUGUCGGACUCUCUGAACACUAGUCAGUACACUUAUGAGGUUGGUCCGGUGUUUGUCCUCAUGGAGGAGGUGGUGCUCACCAAACUGAGGGCUGUCAUUGGCUGGAACUCAGGGGAUGGUAUUUUCUGCCCUGGAGGCUCCAUUUCCACCAUGUACGCAAUGAACCUAGCCAGGUAUCGGGCCUUCCCGGAGGUAAAGGUGCGAGGUCUCUGGUCGCUGCCAAGGUUGGCAUUAUUCACUUCUCAGGAGUGCCACUAUUCUGUGAAGAAGUCUGCAUGUUUUCUUGGAAUUGGGUUGGAGAAUGUGCAGUUGGUCGAUGUCGAUAACAGGGGCAUAAUGAUAGUAGAAGACCUAGUGAAGAAGAUAGAAAAAGCAAAGUCAGAGGGCAUCUUCCCAUUUAUGGUGAGCGCUACAUCUGGCUCCACAGUCUUUGGAGCUUUUGACCCAUUGGAUGAGAUUGCUGAUGUCUGCCAAAAGUACCAGCUUUGGUUUCAUGUGGAUGCUGCCUGGGGUGGAAGUGUGCUGCUUUCAAAGAAACACAGGCACCUGAUGACAGGUAUUGAUAGAGCUGACUCAGUGGCCUGGAACCCCCAUAAAAUGAUGAUGGCCGGCUUGCAGUGCUCUGCUUUUCUGCUGAAGGACACAAGUAACCUGUUGAAGCUGUGCCACUCAGCCAAUGCCACCUACUUGUUUCAGCAGGACAAGUUCUAUGACAUUAGUUAUGACACAGGAGAUAAGUCCAUUCAAUGUGGACGCAAAGUGGACUGUCUGAAGCUGUGGCUUAUGUGGAAAGCCAGGGGCACUCGUGGAAUGGAGGAGCGAGUGGACCGUGCCUUUGCCUAUACAAGAUAUCUCAUGGAUGAAAUGAAGAAGAGGGAAGGGUUCCAGUUGCUACUGGAGCCCCAGUUUGUUAACAUAUGCUUUUGGUACAUUCCACCAAGUUUGCGGGGGCAACAAGGCCAGGAAGGCUAUGAGGAGAAACUGUCCAAGGUGGCCCCGAUUGUAAAAGAACGCAUGAUAAAAAAGGGCAGCAUGAUGGUUAGCUACCAGCCACGUGGCAGCCAAGUAAAUUUCUUCCGCAUGGUGGUGAUCAACCCACAGAUUACCCGUGAAGACCUGGACUUCUUCCUGGAUGAGAUUGAGAGCCUGGCCAGUGAUCUGUGAUGUCAACCAACCAGCAAGAAAGAGAAGGACCAGAAGGACAAAGCUGCACAAAUGAAGGCUACAAUCUCCUGAUGAGCAGAGUUCAUAAAUGUAGAUAAGAACAUUUUGACUGUGAGAACAUGGACUUGGGCACCACAAGGGAAUGCCACCUCUUAGUACUGAGCACACAUAGGUAUUAGUAGGCAUGACACCUGCUUGAAAAGCUGUCACUCUGGCUUUGAGAUGCUCACAGCAUUUCAUUUUGAUAUGUAUAGUGCUUUGACUUUUUUUUUUUUUUUUGCAGCUUAAUUAUUAGUUUCAAUUUGUUAUUUAAAUUAAAAAAUCAUCUACUGAUUU